UUCAAUCUCAACUCGAGGACGUGCAGACAUGCUUACCGCGAAGACGAUCGUCGGCUAUGUGCUGCCUGCCUUGGCCAUGAUACAGGUCUGCUUGGGUGCGGAGGCGAUCCCGCACGCUCCGGACUGGCCAUUUGAUCUAACGACGCUGACUGCGCCCGACGGAUCGGUCACCGCGAAGUUCGUGUCGUUCGGCGCAACGAUGACCGAGCUGUGGGUGAAGGACCGGGACGGAAAGGCACGCGACAUCAUCCUUGGGUACGACGACAACACGGAGCUGUUGACCGACCCCGCACACCCGGUCUUCAACCCAAUCGUAGGCCGCUACGCCAACCGGAUCAAGAACGGCACGUUCUCCAUACCCAUCACGAAGUUUCCUCAGCCAGACGGCCCGAACGUCUUCCACAUUCCCACCAAUGACCACGAUGGCCAGGACACGCUACACGGCGGCAUUUUCGGCUGGGACCGGCGCAACUGGACGAUUGUCGAAAAGACGAAGACGAGUGUCACGUACCUCCACAUCGACGAGGCAGACGAAGGCUUCCCCGGAACCGUAACAGCUCUUGCCACACAUUCCGUGGAGAAUGGCGGAAUCCUACGGACCACUGUUCACGCAACCGCGACAGAGAAGACACCAAUCAUGUUGACGCAACACGUAUACUGGAACCUGGACGCAUUCCAGGGCAGCGAGGAUAUUCUUGGACACAAGCUGCACGUCGAUGCAUCUCGCGUAGUCGCCGUCGAUGGUGAUGCUGUCCCGACGGGGCCUUUCAUCGACGUCGAGGGUACCGCGUUUGAUUUCCGCACCACGCAGGCCAUUGGCGAGCGCUGGAACGAUACCUUCGACUUGUGCGGAUCAGGCUGCCAAGGAUACGAUAACUGCUGGAUCUACGACCACUCCGAAGAGGUGAAGCCCGGCCUCACGCUCUGGAGCGACGUGUCCGGAAUCAGACUGGACGUGACCACGAACAACCCGGCCGUACAAGUGUACACCGCGUUCUGGCUCGACACGCCGCGCAAGAAGGUGCACGGCGGCCCGUCCCUGAACUACACGAAGUGGACCGCGGUCGCGAUUGAGCACGAGGGGUACAUCGACGCGAUCAACACGCCGGAAUGGCAUGUCGACCAGAUCUACUAUCCCGGGAAGGACUUCAACUGGGAAACGACGUACAAGUUCUCGACGGUGCACUGAGAUGCACAACCUGUCGUCUGUCGCGGUGUCGCAUACUGCACUUCGCUGUGGUUGUUGUAUUCUGGCCUGACUUGCUCGCGCGCGAGGGGGUAAGACAAUGUAUUUCUUGGAUGUUAUACGGAGCAGUGUG